AAUGCUUCUCUUACUUGGUAUCUGCUUCUUUACUUUCCAUACGUGACCCGCUCAACACAAUACGCUUGGAUGGGGACAGCGCACGGUGUAGCGUUUUGGCACACUGAAAUCUGUCAACUAGGAAAUGGUAACAUAUGAUCCACAUUGGAAGGAACAUGGUUGAGAGGACCAGUAAAUUUUUAUUCAUCGUUGUCGGAUCAGUCCUUUUUAUGCUGAUUUUGUAUCAGUACGUGGCUCCGGGGAUGAUGAACUUUGGGUCUCCGCACGGUUACAUCGCAGAAGACGAUGCGGAUAUAUUCCCGACUCCCGAUCCACAUUAUGUGAAGAAAUACUAUUUUCCUAUUAGAGACUUAGAGCGAACUGUGGAUUUCGAAAUUAAAGGGGACGAUGUUAUAGUAUUUCUUCAUAUUCAGAAAACUGGGGGAACCACAUUCGGUAGGCACUUGGUUCAAAAUGUGAGGUUAGAAGUGCCUUGCGAUUGUAGACCGGGACAGAAAAAGUGUACCUGUUACCGACCAAACAGAAAAGAGACGUGGCUGUUUUCGCGGUUCUCUACCGGCUGGAGUUGUGGUUUACAUGCCGACUGGACCGAACUGACCAACUGCGUGCCUGGUGUUCUAAAUAAGAAGGAAAACAAGAUGAAAAACUUAAGGAAAUUCUACUAUAUCACACUGCUGAGGGACCCUGUGUCACGUUACCUAAGCGAGUGGAGGCACGUCCAGCGUGGAGCCACGUGGAAGACCUCCCUCCACAUGUGCGACGGCCGUACGCCCACUCCGGAGGAGCUGCCGCCUUGUUACGAGGGCACGGACUGGUCGGGCUGCACCCUGCAGCAGUUCAUGGACUGCCCGUACAACCUGGCCAACAACCGCCAGGUUCGCAUGCUGGCCGACCUGAGCCUGGUGGGCUGCUACAACAUGUCCUUUAUGCCAGAGAAGAAACGUGCCCAGAUCCUGCUAGAGUCUGCCAAGAAGAACCUGCGCGACAUGGCCUUCUUCGGCCUGACAGAGUUCCAACGAAAGACGCAGUACCUUUUCGAGCGCACCUUCCACCUCAAGUUCAUUCGACCUUUCAUGCAGUACAACAGCACGAGAGCGGCCGGCGUGGACCUGGACAACGACACCAUUCAACGCAUCGAGGAGCUAAACGACUUGGACAUGCAGCUUUACGACUACGCCCGGGACCUCUUCCAGCAGCGUUACAUGUACAAAAGGCAGCUGGAACGCAGGGAACAACGUCUCCACAACCAAGCUGCCCUCUUUCCCUUCCGACGGACGCCUAACGGUGACCGCUUGCCGUCGAAAGAAGACGCGCCCGAGUCGGAGUCAGCGCGGUUGCCCACGGAGGACUACAUGAACCACAUCAUCAACCGUUGGUAGCAAAGCCAGUUCUGCUGGAUCUUGGGAUGCCUCAGGGUUGAAUGGGGAGGGAGGGAGAGAGGAGUGGGGUGGGGUGGGGGGGUUGGGGGACACUGCGUCCCCAAAGACUGCUGCCCUGCUCUCUACAGCACCGCUUCAGCGUUCCCACC